AUGUAUGAAGAUGACUAUUUUAGUGAAUGUGAAAACGAAAGAUCCUCAACAAGCUCCAAAAGUGAGGAAAAUGAAGAUAGUGAUGACCAAUAUGAAGAUGACUAUGAUAAUUCAGUGAGUGAUCCAUCAUCAGAUGAUAAAACCGGUAAUAAUAUAAAAAAUGAUGAAGAUUAUCAAUACAAUGAAAAUAAAAGAUAUUAUCUCGGUCUAAAAAGAAAUAUGUCAUGUGCUUUUAAAAACAAAAAUAAAAAUAAAAAUAAAAAUAAAAAUAAAAAUAAAAAUAAAAAAAACGAUAUCCCAAAUGAAAUUAAUAUUACUAAUAAUGGUGAUAAUAAAGAAAUUAUAGAGAUUGAUGAAAAUAGAAAUAUUAUUAAAGUUCCAAAAAACUUACCAAAGAAUUUUAAACCAUUUGACGGUUCAUUUCUAAAAGUUCCAGAAUUCUAUAAAAGUCCAUCAGCAUUAAGCAGCCACUUUCAAAACAAAUCUUCCCAAUUCAACAAAAACCAUACAAGGAUUAAAUCAAUAAACAAUAGUAAUGCCACUAGUGACCAAUUAUUGAAGAAAAAAUUAGAAAAAACUUUAUUUUGCUCAACCCUUUACUUAAGUUUAGCUGUUUUAGAACCAAGUAUUAAAUUAGGAUCGGGCUAUACCAAAACAUCAUGUUAUGUUAAGAGCGUAGACACAGAUGUAACAGGUGGGGACUGUAUGUCCGCAAAUGAUCAAAUAUGGUGGUAUUCAUAUUGGGGACCAUCAUAUUUCUUCAUUUAUGUAUCACCAACUGGAUCAACUGGAUGGGACGAUGGUGGUGGUGAUGAUGGUGGUGAUGAUGGCGGUGGCGAAAGUGGUGAUGGUGGUGAAAGUGGUGAUGGAGGUGAUAGUGACAGUGGUACUGGCGAUAGUGACAGUGGUUCAGGUGGUAGCGGAGGUGGUAGUGGUGGUGGUAGCGGAGGUGGUGGUAGUGGCGGUGGUAGCGGCUUAAUGGCAGUUGCCAAUAGUUUAGAAGCCUCAACCACAAGUGGAUCAAACACACCAACUCAAGAAAUCUCACAUAGAAAGACAGCUAAAUUAACCAACUCCACAACAGGUUAUGCACCAAUCAGCGGUUCAUCAAGCAGCAGUUCAGGUUAUGGUUCAUGUUUCCAAGGUGUUUUUAAUGUCCAAUAUUAUGGAACCAAUAAAACACUUAUCGACACAUCAAUUUAUGGUUUAGUUUCAGGUAACGAAGAUUGGGUUGAUGCUUAUAUCAAUGAAUUUAAUGUUUCUAGUACCUAUUAUUGUUAUUACAACACAUACAACCAAGAUGAUGCCUUAUGGUUCCAACCACCAUCAUACAAUCAAUCAAGCUUAAUAGGCACAAUUGUUCUUGCUUCACUCGCAUCGUUAUUUUUAAUUAUUUCAAUUGUUUUAUUUGUUUUAGGUAUUCAACAAGGAAACAAUCACCACCAACACAAAAAUAACAAAUACAAACCAAUCAACAACAACAAGAACACAUCCUCAUCAUAUGGCAACAAAAAUAAAUCAACUUAUGAAAGCUAUCACAAGAGCUCUGGUUCAUACCACGGUGGCUAUGAAACUUACCAAGCCAACAACCCACCACCACAAUAUGUUCCAGUAUCCUAUUACCAAUAUAAUCAAGGUGUAGCUCAAAUGAAUGGUCAACCAACCAACAACAACAACAACAACAACAACAAUAUUUAUUUUACAAAUCAACCACCAGACAUAGACAAUAAAAACCAUAUAGAAGAUGAAGUGGAUGAAGGAAAACCGAUUUCAGAUGAAUCAGCGGAUAUAGAUAUUAAAGAUAUAGUUGUUGGAGAUUCUAUUGGCUCAGGUUCAUAUGGUAUGGUAUAUAAAGGAUUCUAUUUCAAUUCUGAUGUUGCAAUUAAAAAGAUUCCUGGUGAUCAUCAAAAAGAAUUACAAAAAUACUUAAAAAGAGAAGUAGCAGUUUUAAAAAAUAUUCAACAUCCAAAUAUUGUACAGUUUAUAGGUGUUUAUUAUGAUCAAAAUACAGGUCCAUCAUUGGUUAAUAGAAUUUUAAAUGCAAACUCAACUUGGAUUGUAACAGAAUAUAUUAGUGGUGGUAAUUUACAUGAAAAAAUAAAGGAUACCAAAAAUGAAUUCCCAUUUGCAUUAAGAGUUAAAUUAUCUUUGGAUAUAGCUUUAGCAAUGGCAUAUUUACACAGUAGAGAUAUUAUUUUUAGAGAUUUAAAAAGUAAAAAUAUUUUAAUUGACGAUUCAUCUUCACCAAUUCGUGGUAAAGUUUGUGAUUUUGGGUUUGCUAGAAUUUUAAAUAAAAAACAAGGUGGUAAUAGACAUUUAUCUAUUUGUGGUACAGAUGAUUUCAUGGCACCAGAAGUUAUUUUAGGUAUGGAGUAUGACGAAAGAGCAGAUAUAUUUUCAUUUGGUGUUGUAUUGUUAGAAAUGGCGAUAAGAAAAAAAGUUUCAAAAGUAUUAGAAAGGGGUCCACAAACAGUAUUUGAAAUUGAUCAAGAUAAAGCUCGUGAAUUAAUUCCUGAGGAUAUUCCAGAGCUUUUUUCAGAGUUGGCCUUAGAGUGUAUAAAACAUCAAGCGGAAGAAAGACCAACAUUUUCACAUAUUAUUAAUGUCUUAAAACAAUUAUCAUCACUUUAUCCAGUAGUUCACACCUUUGAUAAUCCAUUAUCCCCAACCUCAUCACCAAUAACACCAAGAAAGAACUCAUUAAAUUCACCAUUUUCAAAAGCUAUGAGAAUGAAUUCGUUCGAUUUCAAUUUAUCAACAAUGAUCCAAAGUCCAAGUGUAAGAAAUAAUUUAAAAAAUAAUAAUUUUAAUUUUAGUUUAAAAUUAAAUCAAUUAAAUCAGCAGCAACAGCAGCAACAACAAUCGCAGCAACAUCCACCUAAUCAACAACAGGAUACAAAUCAUAGUGACAGUACAAAUUAUGACGAUUUAAAAAAUAGUUUACCAUCAAUUGAUAAUGAAAAAAGCGGUAAUAAUAUUGAUGAUUUACUCGAAGAAAAUGAAGAGGAAGGAGAAGAAGAGGAAGACUUGGAUAAAGAGGAGGAAGAAAAUAGAAAAAAAGUAGAAAAUUUAAAAGAGAAAAUGUUAGUUGUAUUAAAUGACUUUUCAGUUUACAUCAACAAUAUAGGCAAAGAUUUAUUAAUGAUUACCGAUGAAGAACAGAUUUCAAAUCAUUACGACGAAUGUAGAAAAGUAAUUGAAAUUAAGAAGGUUUUAGGUGAAGUUAUCGAGGGUGAAAUUAUACCCCCAACAACUCCAAAGAAAGCCACACCAAAUACUAGAGUAGCCGUAUUUUUAAAAUCAAUGGAUAGAUCAUUACAAGAAAUUCAUUUAAGUACCGAAGCCUUAAAGAAAAGAAUAUUAAAAGAACAGGACUUGAUUGAAUCUUUGUUAUUGGCCCGUGUUUGUGUUAAUAUUAAUAAUAAUAAUUGUAAUAGUAAUAAAUAA